CUCAAGCAGGCUAGGACAACAACCGAUGCCCCGGUCGCCGCCCUGCAUCGCCCUGAGCGACUUUCUAUCAACCACAAACCAAGACAUCCUUUAAUAUGGCGUUCAGGAAGGCCCUCAAACGGACAGCUUUUAUCGGCGGCGGGGCCGUCGCCACCUUUUUCGGUCUGUCACAGCUCAUAGAGUAUAAGAAGAAGCAGGCUCGGCUAGCUCACGUGGCGGCGGAAGCAGAGCUGAGAGCUCCCUUUGCAGAUGAGCUUCCCUCGAGGCAGGCCCAGCUUACCACGCUGAAAAACAAAGAGUUUGAUGUCCUGGUAAUUGGAGGCGGAGCCACGGGUGUAGGAUGUGCCUUAGAUGCUGUCACACGCAACCUUAACACUGCUCUUGUUGAGAGGAAUGACUUCUCUUCUGGGACAAGCAGUCGGAGCACCAAGCUCAUCCAUGGUGGAGUACGCUACCUCCAGAAGGCCAUCAUGAAACUGGACUAUGAGCAGUACAUGAUGGUGAAAGAGGCCCUCCACGAGCGAGCCAACCUCCUUGAGGUUGCGCCUCACCUGUCAGCGCCACUUCCCAUCAUGCUUCCUGUUUACAAAUGGUGGCAGCUUCCAUAUUAUUGGGCGGGCAUCAAGAUGUAUGACGUGGUGGCUGGAAUACAGUGUUUAAAGAGCAGUUACGUCCUCAGUAAGACCAAAGCCCUGGAGCUCUUUCCCAUGCUGAAGAAAGACAAGCUGGUGGGAGCCAUCGUCUAUUAUGAUGGGCAGCACAAUGAUGCCCGUAUGAACUUGGCCAUCGGCCUUACCGCUGCCCGCUAUGGCGCUGCCAUGGCCAACUACACUGAGGUGGUUCACCUGCUCAAGAAAAAGGACCCGCAGACCAGCAGUGACAAGGUGUGCGGGGCCCGCUGCCGGGAUGUGCUCACAGGAGAGGAAUUCGAUGUCAAAGCCAAAUGUGUGAUCAACGCCACGGGGCCCUUCACAGACUCAAUCAGGAAGAUGGAUGGCCAGGAAACCAAAAACAUUUGCCAGCCCAGUGCCGGCGUGCACAUCGUCAUCCCUGGCUACUACAGCCCUGACAACAUGGGCCUGCUAGAUCCCGCCACCAGUGAUGGCCGAGUCAUCUUCUUCUUGCCUUGGGAGAAGAUGACCAUUGCUGGAACCACAGACACCCCCACCAAUGUGACAGCCCACCCCAUCCCUGGGGAGAACGACAUCAACUUCAUCCUGAGCGAGGUCCGCAACUAUCUCAGCCCCGACGUCGAAGUGAGACGAGGUGACGUGUUGGCAGCAUGGAGUGGAAUCCGUCCGCUGGUGACGGAUCCCAACUCCAAAGACACUCAGUCCAUCUGCCGUAACCACAUUGUCAGCAUCAGUGACAGUGGAUUGGUCACCAUUGCAGGUGGCAAGUGGACGACCUAUAGAUCCAUGGCUGAAGAAACUCUGGAUGCUGCCAUUAAAACACAUGCCCUCCCAGCUGAGAAAUGCAAGACUGUGGGCCUGAUGCUGGAGGGUUCCAAGGGCUGGACGCCGACGUUUUACAUCCGUCUGGUGCAAGACUAUGGCUUGGAGCAGGAAGUCGCGCAGCAUCUGGCCUCUACGUACGGAGGGAAGGCAUAUGAUGUGGCCAAGAUGGCGCUGGUCACAGGGCAAAGAUGGCCGAUAGUUGGGAAAAGGCUGGUGUCUGAGUUUCCAUACAUUGAGGCUGAGGUGCUGUACGCCAUCAAGGAGUACGCAUGCACCGCCAUUGACCUCAUUGCCCGGCGAACGCGACUGGGCUUCCUGAACGUGCAGGCGGCGGACGAAGCCCUCCCACGCAUUGUGCAGAUUAUGGCCAAGGAGUUGGGCUGGAGCCAAGAGCGCAAGAUGGCUGAGCUGGAAGCAGCUAAAAAAUUCUUGUACCAUGAGAUGGGCUACCGAUCUCGCUCUGAGCAGUUGACCAAGACAUCUGAAAUGACCCUGGAUAACCAGGAAGUAGCCAGGUAUAAGAAGCGCUUUCAUAUGUUUGACAAAGAGAGCAAAGGAUUCAUCACCACAGUUGAUGUUCAAGAAGUCCUGGACAGUAUCAAUGUCCACAUUGAUGAGAAUGCCCUCCAUGAAAUUCUUAAUGAGGUUGACGUCAACAAGAAUGGACAGAUUGAAAUAGAUGAAUUCCUACAGUUGAUGAGCGCUGUCAAGAAGGGCCAAGUGUCCGACAGUCGCCUAGCAAUCUUGAUGAAGUCGGCCGAGGAAACACUGGAUAAGAGGGGCCCUGUGACGGUGGACCGAAGCGGGGGCGGAGUCUGAGCCCAGCCUUUCAUGAAGGUCUCCUGUGAAUAACCUCAUUUGAAUGACAAUGCAAUCAGGGAGGCGACGGCGGGAAUUUGCCCAAAUCAAGAGCAAAUCGGCGUCGCUCCUGAGUGUGUUUUGGGUGAAAUAGAAUCCAAUGAUUGAGGUUUGUUUUCCUGAGCCGCCUGUUUGCAUGUUGAUUGGUUCUCAACAUCAGGUGCCUCCAAUGUUCCACAGUGCACAUAUGUGUCUAUUUAUAGAAUAUUUUUAUCAAAUAUUUCUACCUUUAUAGCGCUUUAACACUUUUUAAACUUGACACUGAUUGUUGUGUAAAUGCUGCUCAUUUAAUUUAAAUGUAAUCUUGGGCUCUAUAUUAAAGGUCAACAAUCUCUUUUUAUGAGGCUAGAACAUUUGAUUUGAUGAUAAGUGCAAAAGAAACAGGCAAAGAAGCUGAUUAUAAGAAAUCAUUAGUAUAGUUUUAGGUUCUGCCAAACUAAACAAAAGACAUUGUAGACCUGCAAUGUAAUAAGUUUCCAGUUGUUUCUGAACUCUGCUUUACUGUCCAGGCACUAACUUGUACAAGCACUUAAAAACUUAAUUAGAGCCAAUUUUGUGCAAGAGAGACUUAAAGUCCAUCCAGGAAACUGAUGGUGUACAACUUGGUCAACUUCCAACUGCUACUGACACUGAUGUUUACAGGGUUUGAGCUUUAGCUGUACUAUUUCUGCUCUUUGAAAUUAUUUAUAGCUUUUUUUUUUACUGCAGACUUUUAAGUUCAUAGAGACAUUUACUGAGUGACAAUUAACAUAUUUGCAUUCAUUAUAAAAUAAGGUUGAAAAGGGAUUCUAUAUUUUUAUUGUUUACUGAAAUGCAUGCUCAUAUUUUCUAAGUAUUGUAACAUUUUUUUAAGUGGCGUUUGUAUUUGUGUUAAACGAGAUUUGAGGAAUGCUGCGUUAUCGCCAUACAUGCGGUGCUAAAUUAUAACAUGUCCAAGCACACCCAAUGAUCAGAUUUAGUAAAGAAAGAAUGUGUGACAAAGGCACUGAUGGAUACUGCCAUGUCAUUGUACUACUUUUACGAGGGCUAGACUAAACUUCAAGGUGUUGUUGAUAGGUUUUGAGAAAUCAACUGCAGACGCUCCCACUUGGGUUUAGUACAUAUUUAUGGGUAUGUAUUAUUCAUCCAACUGGCCUCCAGAAGCUCAUGUCAGCACGUGUUUUUCUGACCCCUCCCAUCAAGCAGAUGUGUGUUUUGGGUGUGUUGUCACUUUGGGUUUGUCGUCCAUAUUUUCACGGUGAAGAUUGUCAAACUGCCAAUGUUGCCUGUCAACAAUAGCUCAUUGCAAGCCCGUCUUAAAUGUGCAUCCCAAUGUUUAAUUGUCUCCUUUUGGAUGAAAUUACAGCUUUAUCUAGGCUCAAAGAGAAUCAUGUUUCGCGUUCUUUUUUCCCCCACCUGUACUGUAAGAAUACUUUUGAGCCAGUGUUCUGAAGAGACAAUGCAAUUAUCUAAUUAAAUGUAUCUUGU